GACAAGAAAAAUCGCACCGUUAUCAUUGUUAUUUUUUUCAUCCUGGGUACUGUACUCCCUCUGCUUAUCAGCGCCAGCAGUAUCAAUACAAACGCUGUCCUGCUACAAACGAAACAACAAUCAUUGCAUUUUACAUUUACCAUGAGCGGUGGAAGCACAACAAUGAAGAUGCUCGAUAUGGCUAUUACCGAUCUCGAGUGUCGAUUGGGUUUGAAACCCGGCCAAGGCACUGGCAGCGGCAAGGGCAAGCAGCCCAAAGCCAAGAAAAACAACAACAAGAACAACAACAACAACAACAAUAAGGACAAGAACAAGAACAAGAACAAUGGACCGAGUCCAGAGGAACUUGCGGCCCAACCUGAAAUCUGCAAACUCCAGUUCAAGGUAGGCGUGAUCACCAAGGUGUGGAACCACCCGAACGCCGACCGUUUGUACUGCGAAGAGAUCGACGUUGGGGAAGAAACCGGUCCCCGCCAGAUCGCUAGCGGGUUGCGACCCCAUUUUUCCCUGGAGGAAAUGAUGGGACAGCGGCUAUUGGUCGUGGCCAACCUCAAGGCCAAGAACCUCGUGAAAUUCAAGUCCCACGGGAUGGUUCUCUGUGCGGCUUCGAAGACAGACGACGGGAUCGAAACCGUCGAGUUUGUCGAACCGCCCGAGGGCGCUUCCCCGGGCGACACGGUAUCCUUCGAAGGUCUGCCGCAGCCCAUCCCGCUUGCGGCCUCGCAGGUUGAAAAGAAAAAGGUUUUUGUCAAUUGCCUCGAGGGCAUGGUCACCGACGGUGAGGGAAUUGCGACCUGGAACGGGCACCGGUUUGAGGUGAAAAACAGUUCGGGAGAAACACAGGGCUACUGCAGAGCAAAGACGAUCUGCGGCGGAGCGAUGCGGUAGUGCCUUUCGACAAUAUGGAAUAGCGAACACUCACUCGAGCACAAACGUAGGCGCAGGCGCUAACCAUAUGGCAACGAUUAUCAAACAAUUGGUAGUAACCUCUAUCUCCGACCCUCUGCUGAUCUAUCUUGAAAAUGAAUGAAUGUUGUAAUUAAGAUAUAGAGUAACUUAUAAUUAUAAUCUAUUGCAUUCUAAAUUCAGGAAUGAAAGCGAUCGAUCUUUUUUUUGUGCUGCCGAUGAUAACAGACGGGAGAAAUUACCUUGUUGCGUUGUAAGGUAACGAACUAUUCAUGAGCAUGGAUCACUAUUUAUGGGUUAGCAUCGCAUUCAGAGCCAGAUGCGUUUGCCCCCGUUAGUUCGAAGUAUUUCAAUCCAAGUAUCCCAAGAGGUUGAGGCAGUUGUUGAGGAACUGAUCCAGAUUCAUCAUCGAUGUGGUGGCCUCCGAAGCCACCGGGUUCAUCGAUAAGGCACCAGCAAUCAAUGCCAUAGAUAUCGCCAUCUGAGGAACCGGGACGUUACUCUUGUCACCGGUUCGAGUUUCAGGAGCACCUGGCACUCGAUUCUUUGGCAUGUCGUCACAGACCUCACCGUCCGAUGGCUCGAUAAGAUCUUUAACAAAAUCGUCAAAAACAAGCAUCUUGGCGUACUGAUUGUAGUUGACGGGUGGAAACGAUGCCACGGGGGUGUUCUGGACAUAAUCCGACAAGAUUCCCCAUGUGCCGACGUCGUUUCCAGUGUUUGGAUCCCUCUGUUGGUUGUCGUUGACCAGUGGGAUACUGGCCAAAUUCGCCUCGGAUCGGACGCGAUUGACAACCUCCUUCGAAUCUCCGAAGGACGUGCCGCUCGAAAUUCCCGACCGUCCGGUAGGCGCAAAUUCUGAAAAGUAGGGAGAAUCCUCUCCUUUUUUGGAACGCAAGUCGUCGUGGGCUGAGUUUCGCCAUUUCCAGUAUUGCAUGAUCAAAUCGUCGCCCAAACCGCCAACCUUCAGGCGUGGCGAGCCCCAGUCUUCGAUUCGGGAUGCCUGGCCCUGCAUGAUGCUCGCAUCCUCUAGCGCAAUAUGAUAAUUCCAGUUGUUCACCAAGGCUGUCAGGAAUAGCCUUGUUCCUGGAAAGGAAGUAAUCGUCGACAAAAUCGGUCCCCUCGGCAGAUGCUGCCUUAGUAGCACCCUUGUCCUCUGGGGGGCAAUUGGCACAAUAUGAAAUUCCUCCUCGAAGCCGGAAACACCGCCGUGCCGGACCACGUUGGGAGGGUCGAAUCUUAAUAAUUUCUUAGGACGGCCGUUCUCGCCAAAUUUUCCAAUGUGACCCAUACCACAGUCAUCCGUGAAGAAUUUCAAUCUCAAUUUCGGCAAAUUGGAAUUGAGCAUCCCGAUGCUUUCGAUAGGUGGCACAGACCCAUCAUGCAAGAAGAACAAAUGGGGUGAAUCGAGGUUGUUCUCCACAAUGUAAGAAUAAUCAACAGAAUAAUCUAAUACAGUAUCCACAGGUACGGUCUCCAUGUCCCCCUUGCGCCUCGAUGGUAAUAACGACAAAUCAGCCUCCAAAACGUUGCCUCGCCAGACGUAUACCAAUCCCUGAUGCUCGACAACAGCUCGAUGGUUACCGCAGUUCGAUUUCGUGACUCGAUCUAAGAUCUUCUUUCCCCCUUGGACGGUCUCAUCGCCCUUA